AGGCGAUCGCCAGCGAGACGUGCGAGCGCUACAACGCGCUGCUCAGCGAAGAGGAGCAGACCCCGCGCGCGCGCUUCGGCCGCGGGGGCUUCGCGCUCCCGGCCAAGUACGCGGACAGCGUGCAGCACGUCAAGGACUUCCACGUGCGCGAGGAUGACGUGUGGGUCGUCACGCCCCCCAAAUGCGGUACCACGUGGACUCAGGAAAUGGUUUGGCUUCUCAUGAACGACUUGGAUUACGAACGCGCCAGGAGCUCUAACCUGAUGGAAAGGUCGCCUUACCUAGAAUUUAGCCGAUUAGUACCCGAUAUUAUAAAAUUGAAAUACCUUAACAAUAUGGACACAGUGGAAUUCGCGGCCAACCUCACGCCCCCUCGAUGCAUUAAAAGCCACUUGCCCAAGGAGCUGCUUCCGGACCAGUUGUGGACCAAGAGGCCAAAGAUUAUUUACGUUGCUCGUGAACCUAAAGAUGCUGCAGUGUCAUUUUUCUAUCAUGAGCAACUAUUUGUCUCCUUCUCUGGGGAAAAAGAAUUUUACUUCAAAUGUUAUUAUGAAGAUUUGGUGGCCUACACUCCUCUAUGGGAACAUGUGUUAGACUUUUGGAAAAUGAAAGAAGAACCAAACAUCCUAUUCAACACGUACGAAGAAAUGAAAAAGGAUCUACCGGCCGUCAUCAUCCGCACAGCGGAUUUCCUUGGGAAACGCAUUACAGAGGAGCAGGUGGCACGCCUAGCGGAGCAUUUGGACUUCAAACAGAUGAAGAAGAACAGUUCGGUGAACAUAGAAGCAAAUCUUAGCAAGUUGCGCGAGCAAGGGGUCAUAAAGGAGGAGCAGGCGUUCAUUCGCAAAGGUGUAGUUGGGGAAGGUCGCCGCGAGAUGUCGCCGGAAACGGCGGCGCGAUUCGAUGAACGAACCCGUCGUACGUUCAAUGAAGACGUCGGAGGUUGCCCUUGGAACAUCUAACUGUUGUGUGCGUAUUUGUUGUGUGAUACAGUCUCUCUUCAGAGUAUGCGAGUUACUUAUUCAUAAACGACAAUGGGCUGGGAGCAUUCCUGGCCCGAGCGAAAUGUUGGUGUGGUCUUCACAGUCUUCAGUUCUCAAGCGUGUUGGAAGUAGAUUUUUUUACUCUGCAUAUGAAACAGAAUUGCGUAAAAGCACUCGCAAAAGCAACUGAAGCAGAAAACUUUCACUGCUAUGACUGAAGCAUUAAUGCAGUGUUAAGUACAUGUUAUUGUUAUUACAUAUUUUAUUUAUGUUCAUAAUAACCAUAACACAUAUCACUGUUAAUCCAUCCUUGAUCUUCCCUUCUUUUAUCAUUCGUGAAAUGGUCUAUGUUCUAAUGUAAAUUAUUUCAUUUGCUCCAUUUUUUCCAUAGUUUAAUGGUUUGAAUUUUGGCAAAGAAUAUGACGAUUGUAAUAAGUUAUUGCGAUCGGCACAUUCUUUCUUCCUCAUAAAUGUUGGGUUUGUAUUUUCUUUGCCAUUCCAUCGCUACUAUGGUCAUCAUUCAACAAUAUAAUUGUUUAUUCUUACAAGUUUUGCGCUCAUCACCUUUUCUGGAAUAAAUGAUUUCACAAAGACUAUAUAAAUAUAUUGCACAAUGAUAAAAUAAAUAUAUAUGUAAAAAGUUAAAUCGAUGCCUAAUUGGCUUCUGUUACUAAUAAAUGCCGAAGGAGUGGCAGCUGGCUUAUGUAUUAAUAAUAUUAUGUAUAUUCGUUUUUCACUUUCAUCUUUCUUCAGUUUAUUUUAAACCUCAUCUCACAUAUAUAGCUGAAAUAUUAUCCUAUAUCUAACAGUUUUAGUUUACAUUCAUUACACAACUUUGAAAUUAUAGAAAAGCAAUUACAUACAGUUUCAACUUUUUGAAUACCUUUUUUUUGUAUUAUUUAUAUUUUAAUAUCUGAAGGAUGUAUGGAACUAUGAUAGUAAAAAAAUAGUGAAACAUGAAAAGUUAAAUUGAUCAAACAAAUUAACUUAAGGAAUUGAUAUGAACUAAGUAAUAACAGGAAAAAAUAAAAUAUAGUUUAUGAAAUUAUUUGUUAAUUAUUCUGAUUUUUGAGUGAGCUUGCUAUCAGAAGUGGGCAACUAAGGCAAAUUUUCUGUUAUCGGCAGUUCAGGGACAGAAGCCUUUUUCCUCAAAACUUCUAAACAAACUACUUUAACAAAUAGCAAACAAAUCUUAACGGUCUCAGUUAUCAUGUUUCAUGGCGAAACUAAAUAUAUUUAUUCUUUUAAGAGGUAUAUUUUAUGUUUAAUCUGUGAAUCAUAUUGACACCAAUAUUGGUGUUAAACUGUCAUUGAAUGUGUCUGCAAAAUUUUAUCAAACAUUUAUCUAAAUUUCCGUUCCGGUUAUUGUUAAAUUGCUAUUAUUAAAACUUUCAAAAGAAAAUAAUUUACAUUGACAUGAAAAAUUUAAAUAUUAAAAUGUUAUUAUAUUUCAAAAAUAUUUCAUGUAUAAAAGUCGUCAAUUCUUCAUUUUCCUUGUUAUUGUUCAUUGUUGUUCAUUGAAUCUACUUUUCAUAUUUGUCCUUUUGUGUUAUACGGUUUUUGAAAUAUUUGUAUUUAUCGGUAUUAUUCCUUUUAAUUUUAUAUUUAUAUAUGUUUUUCUUUAAUACUCACCUGAUCGUAGGCUUUUUGAAGUAAUAAAGUAUUAUUAUUGUUGUUA